AUGGAUUACACUUAUCUGAUCAGAAUCAAUAUUCUUUACGACCAAAAUGAUAAGUUAAAUAAGAUUCUCUCAGAUAAUUCAAAAGACUUUUUUAUCUAUGUUCCCAAACUUCUUCAAGAUGUGAAAUGCUAAAUUUGGAAAAACUCUCAAAAUUAAGACAUUAAGUUUGACAUUGCAUUUCAAUUAUUUGAUAAAAUUGAUUAGAUACAAUAGUUAGAUUAAAUAUACGUUGUUUACUCUAAACUGAAAUUUAUUCUAAUUAGCCAAAAUAAAGAGUUUGCAAAUUUAGAAGAAAUGACGGAAUGUAAUUUCGAAACCAGCAUAUUUCAGGCUAUAGACCAAUCUAUAGUCUAAUGCAUUUAAUAGGAGCAUAAAACCUUAAUUAAAGGAUUGUUGCAUUAAAACAUAAGAAAUCUGUAUGCAAAUUAACAAUUAAAAGAAAGAGAUUGUAAAUUGUAUUGA